AUGUACAUUGAAUUUGCAGCCCAGAGUUCAUUACUACUCUCCAGCAAAUUUGAUAACUCCCACUUCUCCCCUCACGCUGAGCGUCUCUCAAUCUCUUCCCCUCUGGGCCUUGGAGCAGAUCUAUUUGUCUGCCUGAUCCCGGUAACACUCGGAAUCCGGGAUUUCACUAUCUUCGGCACGUCUUCUUUUGACCAAGCAGAACACGGAAAGGGCCGUGUUGGCUUGGUAUCUCCAGGAGACAUCGUUGCCGAAACACGGUUGAAGCUCCUUCAAAAGGUCGCCCGGAGCUCGAGCAUGGAUAGUAUUAUCCACUCUCCCGCUGCGACGAGUAUAACUGGCGGCGGAGGGUUCGUGGAUCUCCCGUCGGUGCCCAACUGUUCAGCAGAAAAAUCACCUUUUGUGGACCCAUUGAUCUGGAUAAUUUUCUUCAGGUUGCUGGGAUACAUGUCAAUUGUGAUCCUUACUCCAUCGGUCGUGGGUUCCAAGGUGGGCUUGCAGAACUGGACAGUUUAUUCGCACCAUGAAAAUAUAUCCAAGGGAAGCUUGACUAACGAUAUCUUCAUUUAUGAUUCCUCGAAGAUCCUUGUGGCGGCUAUCAUGAGGGCGACAUUCCGCAGCGUGCCGUUUAAGCCGCUGGCCUGCAGCCUGACUCGACUUAGCCAUACCGCUUCCGUUAUGGAUAGGGGUAAGGAUGAUAUGGAGCUCCUGGCAGGCUCAGGGUAUGAGACCCGUCUCGCCAUCCCCCCAACCGAGGAAGAGGAUGAGAGCUCGUUGGAAACUACUUCCCCACCGGGAGACAAUACCCAGAUUGCCCAGCGUUCGGAAAACCCCAAUGAUAACAACACGCUCCAACAACUUCGAGAACUGUUGAGCAAUAUCAUGGAGAUUAGUAUGGAAGAGAUAGGACCUACCUCCAGCCUUGGAGAACUUGAGAUUAACUCGCUACUCGUCACUCAGUUUCUGUUUGAGAUCCAGAAGCGCUUUGAGGCCCCCAUUACGUCAACACAAGGGAAGUUUAAAGAUCCAACUCGUCCGCCCUUUCUGGCAUCCACCAAUGGCCACACCGACGAUGCGAAGCCGGUAUAUAAGAAACACACCAAAAUGACAGGUUUUGCUUGGUUCUACUGUGAACCCUACUUUAUCCAAUCCGAGGUCAUUGUACAGUAUGUAGUAGAUGCCUUUACGACGCUGGGCUGUGUUCUGGAGAAUACUGCGUCAGGGGAUUACGUACCCAUUAUACCGCAAGUCGACAGCCAGCGGAAGCUAAUUCCUCAAUUGUACAAGAUUCUCGAGGAUACGCGACUGAUCACUCAAAAGGAGGACGGCCGGUUUCAGCGCUCCAUCACGCCGACCCUCUCUACACCAGCGUCGAGUCUACACAGCAUCCUGCUAGAUAGUUUGCCUAAGCACGCCUCUGAGAUAAAGCUGUUCUACACGACUGGUCACAAGUUGGCUGACUGCCUGUCUGGCUCCGCUGAUACGCUGUCCUUGAUCUUCCGAGACUCACCCCUCCGCCCUGUCCUCUGGACUAUGUGGGUGAUUUCCGGCUGCAGCCAAAUAUCCCAGAAGGGUCUCAAAGCACAACAACCUAUGAGCUUGACGAAAGUAUCUGGGCUGCUGUGCAUGAGAAAGCUCUCACACGGUAUAAUGUCUCGCCUGCGAAACGAGCGGUAG